AUGCGCUCAGCGCUGGCCUUCCUCGCCGGCCUCUCCCCGGUGGCAGCCCAGAUAAGUCCUAACAACGACAACUCCAUACCGGGCUUCUCCCUCCAAGGCAACCCUACCUGGCCAGAGAUCCUCUCCAACAAGAUAAUCCUAACCCCUCCUGCACCUGGCAACCAUCGCGCCUCCGUCUGGGCCGAUAAGCCACUCCAACACACACAAUGGGUUGCGGACGUGGACUUCCGCGCCAAUGGGCCAGAGCGCGCGGGCGGCAAUCUCAACAUCUGGCUAGUGCGGGACGGGCUGCAGGACGUCGGCCUCAGCUCUAUCUACACGGUUGGCAAGUUUGAGGGUCUCGCGUUGGUGAUCGACACGUAUGGCGGAAGUGCAGGUAUGGUACGAGGAUUCCUCAACGACGGAAGCAAGGACUUCCAGAAGAUCUCCGUGGACGGGCAGUCUUUCGGCCACUGCAACCACGCCUACCGCAACCUGGGCCGGCCCUCCCAGAUCAAGUUCCGUCAGACAGCCAGCAACUUCAAGGUGGAUAUCGAUGGGGUCAAUUGUUUCGAGAGCGACAAGAUCAGCAUCCCCGCGGGGUACAAGCUGGGCAUCACAGCCGCCAGCGCUGACAACCCCGACUCGUUCGAGAUCUUCAAGAUGGUCCUCAUGACGGACAACAUCGACCCGGGCCAGGACAAACAGCAGCAGGAUACGCAGCAGGCCGCAGUCCAGCAGGACGGCAUGUUCGGCAACCAGGGCCAGCAGCAGCAGCAGCAGCCGAUGGGAGGGAACCCCCCCUCCGGCCGUUGGGACUCGGGCUUCGAGGACGACAUCCCCGACGCGACCGCCGACUCCAUCACCAGCUCAAAGGCCCAGUUCGCCGACCUGCACACCCGGCUCCAGAGCGUGAACCACCACCUGUCGACCAUCUUCCGCACCGUCGCGAAGCAGGACUCCAUCGGCGAGACCCGCCAUGGGGAGAUCUCCGGUCAGAUCUCGGAGCUCAAGGGCCUGCUGUCCAAGCUGGACCGCCUCGGCGAGCUAGAGAACAAGAUCACGAGCCUCGAGUCCGAGGUCCGCAGGCUCAAGGGCGACGUCACGUCCAAGGUGAGCUCCUCAGAGCACGCCAUCAAGGGCCUGGUCAGCGACAGCCACCAGACCAUCCGGGACACUGUCAAGGAGCACGCGUCGCCUGGUCACGGGCGUCUGAUCGCAGUAAUUAUCGGCAGCCAGGUCGUGCUGGUCGGUGGGUACGUGUAUUACAAGAAGAAGAAGUCGACACCCAAGAAGUAUCUGUAA